UCCCGUUCGGUCGCGAGAAAGGGGAGGCGCGGCGGCCCAGAUGCAAAGCCCGGGCGGCGACCUGGACGGCGGUGCCCCCUCCGCGGCCUCCUCCUCCUCCUCUUCCACCCCCUCGCCAAUGGCGCCGGGAGGGGUCGGAGAGGGCAACGGCCGUGGCCGAGCCCCGGAUGGCGUCUCGAGCUUGAGCCCUCGGCGGCCCCAGGAGCUGCUGGAGGAGGUGAAGAAAGUGCGGGAGGAGAACGACGCCCUAAAGAAUGAGAUAGAUGAGCUGAGGACUGAGAUGGAUGAGAUGAGGGACAGCUUUUUUGAAGAGGAUGCGUGCCAGCUACAGGAAAUGCGCCACGAAUUGGAGAGGGCUAACAAAAAUUGUAGGAUUCUACAGUAUCGUCUUCGGAAAGCAGAGCGCAAAAGGCUUCGUUAUGCACAAACUGGAGAGAUUGAUGGAGAACUUCUUCGUAGUUUGGAGCAGGACUUGAAGGUUGCAAAAGAUGUUUCUGUGAGACUUCACCAUGAGUUGGAAAAUGUGGAAGAAAAACGUACCACCACAGAAGAUGAAAAUGAAAAGUUACGACAGCAAUUAAUAGAAGUAGAAAUUACAAAGCAGGCUCUGCAAAAUGAACUUGACAAAAUGAAAGAGCAGUCCAUGAAAAGAAGAGGAAGCAAAGACUUGCAGAAAUCAGAAAAAAAGACACAGCAGACUCCCACUGAGGAGGAUAAUGAAGAUCUGAAAUGCCAGUUGCAGUUUGUCAAAGAGGAAGCAGCUCUGAUGAGGAAAAAGUUGGCCAAAAUAGACAAAGAAAAGGAUAGAUUUGAACAUGACCUGCAAAAGUAUAGGUCGUUAUAUGGUGACUUAGAUAGUCCCUUACCAAAAGGGGAAGCUGGAGGCCCACCUACCACAAGAGAAGCAGAACUCAAACUUCGUCUGAGGUUAGUAGAGGAAGAAGCCAAUAUCCUGGGAAGGAAAAUAGUGGAACUGGAAGUAGAAAACAGAGGGCUGAAGGCAGAACUCGAUGACUUAAGAGGAGAUGAUUUCUCAGGGGCAGCCAAUCCCCUAAUGGGGGAGCAGAAUGAAUCUCUCUCAGAGUUACGACAGCAUCUGCAGCUAGUUGAGGAUGAAACCGAACUGUUGAGAAGAAACCUGGCUGAUGUAGAAGAGCAAAAUAAGCGCAUCACAGCAGAACUGAACAAAUAUAAAUACAAGACUGGGACUCAUGAUACUUCAAGGCAUCAUGACAGUGCCAAGACAGAGGCAUUGCAAGAAGAGCUCAAAGCCGCCCGCCUGCAGAUCAAUGAACUCAGUGGCAAAGUUAUGCAACUUCAAUAUGAGAACAGAGUCCUGAUGUCCAACAUGCAGCGCUAUGAUCUGGCCUCACAUCUGGGGAUCCGAGGCAGCCCCAGAGACAGUGAUGCUGAAAGUGAUACAGGGAAAAAAGAAAGUGAUGAUGAUUCACGUCCCCCCCAUCGCAAGAGAGAAGGGCCUAUUGGUGGGGAAAGUGACUCAGAGGAGGUCCGCAACAUCCGCUGCUUGACUCCUACGAGAUCCUUCUAUCCAACACCUGCAGGGUGGCAAAAAAGCUUCACAGACCGUCAGCAAAUGAAGGAUAUUCGCUGUGAAGCAGAACGCUUGGGCAAGACAAUAGACCGCUUAAUUUCAGACACAAGCACUAUCAUCACUGAAGCAAGAAUUUAUGUGGCCAACGGGGACCUGUUUGGACUGAUGGAUGAUGAGGAUGAUGGCAGUAGGAUACGGGAGCAUGAACUUCUUUAUCGGAUCAAUGCCCAGAUGAAGACCUUUAGGAAAGAGCUCCAAGCUUUUAUUGACAGACUAGAAGUUCCAAAGUCUACAGAUGAUCGAAGUACAGAUGAACCUUUGUCAGUGAGUCAGAUAAAAAGUGCAAGAAUUGUAGUUUCUGUAGCAAUCGCUGCUGUAAAAACACUGAAGACUAUUUGUUUGAAAGCAAUGGGGACAACCCUUACAUUCCAAAAUGUGGAUCAUAAAAGAAGUAAAAAAGAAAAAUCCCCAUCCCCGAAUCUGAAUUCUGCUUAUCAGAAAAGGCCCUGUCUUUUCCAGAACUGGAAGCCCAUGCUCCAUGCCUUUCCUACUACUUUAUGUUUGGAUUGAAAUGUUUCUGAAGGGAUUCUUCACAUGCUUAAAGCAUUACCAGAAGGCAAAGAAGAGUAAUAGAUGAGUAUCUUUUGAAAAUAAGGCUGUGUAUAUAGCAAGGCACAACAGCAGUCUGCAUAUCUCAGCUUCAGUGUGGUGUGACUUACCAGGUCAUCGCUGUUCACCAGAAAUAUAAAGUUUUCACCAAGAAAAGAAAAGCAAGGACACAAAAAAUGAAGGAAAUCCAUGUGAAGGAAAGUACAUCCUUUGAGAGUUGCAAAAUAUCCAGAAGUUCUAAGAAGUGAGAAUAUUGUGAUCACAUCUGCAUUGGAGGCUCCUAAACUGGCUAAAUAGGAAUGGUGCAUCUUGGCCAGCAUGACCAGCAGAUGCUUGAAUUUUGUAUGGGCUUCUGGAUUGCUGUCAGCGCCACCUGCUAUGAGAAGAAUAACUCUGAAGGAACUCCCUUGAACUUUUGCUAAGAGAUCUCAGUGAAGCUAGGUUUAGUGGUUUUGUGAAAGCUUCAUACUAGCAGUGGUAAACCUUUCUUUUCCAUGACCACAACCAGUUCUAUGCAAGUGCAUAUUGGUCAAUAACCUCACUUUUUGACAUGCUGGAGAAAUGAUGUUGAUCAGCCUUCCAGUCUUCAGUGUUUUUAUCGAUGAGAGAAGGACACCCCUCCCAUCACGCAUAUAUAUAGAUAUUUAUAGCUCAUGGCAAAUUUUCCUUUAAAUGACACGCUAAGGUUCGUCUCCUCCAUACAUUUUUUAAAAAUUAAAUAAUGUAUAAUUCUGUAUAUUCUGACUUACCCACAAACAGCAGGAAGACAUGCUGUGUGCAUGAUCAUGUGUUCAUAGGUGCAUGUGUUGGAAUAGGAAGUAUUACUAGUCUGUAUUUAGAUGAGACAAACUUAGUACUAGUAUUGAUGCUGAAAUUAGAUAUGCCUAUAUGCAGGCAUACACAUAUACAAACAAAAACUUUUGUGGUUUAUUUUAUUUUAAAAUAUGUAGCUCUGGAAACAGGUACUUCCAAAAUACCUUUUACAGGUUUCACAGGUCCACUAUUUGAUAUAAAAAAAUGAAGGUAUGCAUUUUUGUAACUGCAACAACAGAGAAAAGGCAUUAACAUAAUAUGUACUACUUAGCUCAGUGAAUUGGUUACUCAUUUGUGCUUAAUGCUCUUUUCCUCUUUACAAUGCUAGGUCAAAGUGAGCUGUGCAUAUUUUUCUGACUUCACUAAUCUACUAUUUAUAACUGCAUUUGCCUUUUUCAGUGCACAGACAUUUGUAAAGGUGAUCACCUCUCUUAACAUUCUGCCACUCAUGGUAAUCCAGUUUAGAGACUGGACUUCAGUGGAAUUACUAUCCAGCAACACUGUUGCACAGAGGAGAAAGAACCAGAUCCAUGUCUGUACAACAUCUUUAGGGCAUAAAUAAAGCUUUUAAGAAAAUGCAGGCCUUCUGGUAACACUUACCUUGUGUCCUGACAUGUCAAUGUCCCUGCCAAGUAUACUCAAUGAUAUGGAGAUGCUCCAUUGAGACAGCACACACUGUAAUGAAGUCCAGAUGUGAAGGAAGAUGAACCAUGUGAUAUAGGGUGGGAUGGGAUAGGUAUUUGAUAGAUAGAUACUAUUUUGUAGGGACCGCUUCAUGGAUCUUGUGAAGUUUUUUUCUGUGUUUAAGUUGUUUUUAAAAUACCUCCUCAAAGUACUGUCUUUUAAAGUGGUGUCCAAGAAAUAUACAGUGACUUACUCUUACCUGGUGAUGUCCAGGUGUGUGUUUUAAUUUCUGCAAGUCCCUUAAGUCAGCACAGCCUUGUAUUGAAGUCCAAAAUAUUUUGGAAGUUGCCAGAUAGAAGGCUGGUGUAUAUAGUUAAUACAAAAGUUUUUCUGAUGUCAGAGAUUCACCCAAACUGUUGGAUUUGAUGCCAUUCUUUUUCCUGUCCCAGUGAUCAGCAGCUGUCAGGAGAGAAGCUUAAUCUAUUUUGAACAAAUGCAAAAUAGGAAGUGCUUUGUGGAAUACAGUGCUGCAUUUUUCUAUGUGAAUCUCUUUUUUUGUUUUUGUUUGUUUUUUAAAGCUGCUACUGGACUUCUAGUGGUCAGGCUAAUCAUAUACAUUCUUCUCACUGAAAUGGCUUUAGUAAUUGGGUAGCUUUGCUCUUGAAUUGUGCCUAAUGUUCAGUAUAGAUAUAUGUUCGGGGUGCCCGGAAUCCAGACUGAUAUUGGCUAUCUCCUGUCUCUGUGAUUGAUUGUUUAAUACAGUAUGUGUAUAGCCUGAUUGAUCCCCCCAACAGUCUAAAUGAAAUACAGAUCCUAUUGAGGUCCCCGGCUAAGUGUCUUGAAAUGGGCCCUCUUCUACCUCUCAAUUCUCAUCCUCUUGGAAUUUCAUAAGAGAAAGGAGCAGACAGCAUUCAGCUAGCCUCUUUAAAAUGUUUCAUCACAAGAAUAGGCCUAUGUGUAUUAAAUAAAUCAAAAUUUCUCUGCUGCUGUAAUCCACAUUUCAUGCCAACAGAAGCUAAAUUCUGCAACCUGUAAAACUUAUACGCGUUAAUAGCAAAUUUGCCUCUCUUUCAUAUUUUAUUUUGUUUUUGCUGUUCAUGGGAAGGAGCAAAGAAUGGGGCCUUGUUUUCUAACCAUUAUAAAUACUAUUCCACCUUGCAUGCUUAUAAAAAUGUCAAAUGUUUAUUAAUGGUUCCUUGCAAAUCCAAUGCUAACUCUCUCCCCUAAAUUAUUAGAAACUUUACCGUCUUUUACACCUGGCCAGUUUCUGCAAUCACACAGUAUAAAUAAAAGGGCUGGUUCACACAGCAGAUUAAGCCAUCAUGUAUUUUGCCUGGUUUAGGGUAUUGA